CAGAAUUAUGAAUGCACAACACAGUAGUAGUGGAUGUGUAUGACAAAAACAGAUAAAUGUGAGGUAGAUCCUGAGAAAAGUUUGUUUGUUGGACAUGGCAAAUUGCUAUUGCUCUGGUUGGCCUGAAGAGGCAAGUAAUUGUUGUGUUCAAUCCCAAUCUGCAAUAAACAAAGACACCUCUUUUCUAGUUCCAUCAUGGCUUCCUUCUAGCGACUCUACUCAAUUCCAAUUCCAUGGACAUCCUUCAUGGCCAAUACCCUUUGAAGAAGGUGGUACAGAAGAUAGAGCUGCAAGCUCUUCAAAGAGCCAUAGCCAAGCCGAGAAGCGGCGCAGAGACAGGAUUAAUGCACAGCUUGCAACUCUAAGAAAACUAAUUCCCAAGUCUGAUAAGAUGGACAAGGCAGCUCUGUUGGGUAGUGUGGUUGAACAUGUGAAGGACCUAAAGAGAAAAGCAGUGGAGGUCAGCCAAGGUUUCACAAUUCCGUCGGACGUCGAUGAAGUAACAGUAGAUUGUGAAUUUGACAAAGGUGGAAGCUCCUCCAUCAAUGGAGAAACAAGCAAUGAUGAUGAGCAGCACAUCUUCAUCAGGGCUUCCGUUUGUUGCGAUGAUCGGCCGGAACUGUUUGCAGAGCUGACUCAAGCCCUCAAGGGGCUAGAACUGAGGACAGUGAAAGCAGAUGUGUCCAGUUUGGGUGGUAGAAUUAGAAGCAUUUUGAUCCUAUGCACCAAGGAUUGUAAAGAGAGUGUUUGCAUGAACAAUCUCAAACAGUCCCUCAAAGUAGUGCUGGGUAGGAUUGCUUUGUCCUCCACAGUCUCGAACUAUCGCAUUAAAAGCAAGAGGCAAAGGUUCUUCUUGCCUUCUCAUUGCUGAUCAUGUUCUUGCAAAAACUUUCAGGGCUCAUCACAAUCAAAAUCAUAUAAUUUUUUUUUUCAAUCCUCAAAUUUUUUCCCCGACGACUUACUUGGUCUAUAUGGUUGUUGUAACAAGGGUCAUUUGUCUCACAUCGGAUCCAGAUGAGAAAUUGAUUGGGUAUAAAUGGGUGGGUAUGUAGCACUACCCAACAGUUUGAGCUUUUGGAUAAAUGGGCAAGCGCUCACCCGUUACAGCUGGUAUCAUAGUCAGACCCAGUUCCUAAUUUGGUGUCACACCAAGCACCCAUUCCAGAGGGAGUCCGGAUUUGCAAUCCGGGUAGGCAGGGUGGCUCAAGCUGCAAUAAGAGCGUUGCAAGUUUCGAGUUGGAGUGAAGAAGACUAACAGCUAGAACUUUUGGAUAGCUUUUGGUAAUAUCAGCGGAGAUACUAUAUUUUUGCGUGCUUAAAAGGGAUAAGAGGUUACAUUUUAUAACUAGAUGGGCCAACAUGAUGAUCUAGAAUAUUUGAAUUUGAUGGUUGAGUAAUUACUAUACUUUGUCUUAGUUAAACAUGGUUGAUUCUUACAUAUUCCUGGGACUUUUAUUGAUCCUACCUUUAUUAUAAAACCAUGUUUUGUUUGUAUUUA